AUGCCACUAUUCCUUGCCUCCAAGGAACUAAGGUCCUCUCUUUUCUUUCUCACAGAUAUAAAACUCCAGAAUAUCAACUGGCAGACGGCUGCCAACCAGCAGGAGCACCACACAGACAAGUACUACAGCCAGGAGCUCGUCUUGAGGAGAGGUCAACCGUUCUCUUUUUCACUGACCUUGAACCGACCUCUUAGUUAUGAAGAAAGUCUGGCGUUCAUAACCUCCACAGGGCCCUCCCCCUCAGAGUCGGCCAGAACGAAAGCUGUGUUUCCACUCUCCAAUGCGCCAAGAAGUGAUAGCUGGAAUGCACAGCUUGUGCUUCAGAGAGACAGUACUCUGACCAUCUCCAUCUCCAGUCCUGCCAACGCACCCAUAGGAUGGUACGCGUUGAGCAUGCAGAUCUCUUCCGGUGGCAGUAAUGCUACCCUAAAGCUUGGGGUGUUUAAACUGCUCUUCAACCCCUGGUUGCAAGCGGAUACUGUCUUUAUGAGUAACCAGGCUGAGAGAGAAGAGUAUGUUCUGGAAGAUGCUGGAGCCAUCUAUGUGGGAAGCUCAAAUCGCAUUAACAUGGUUGGCUGGAACUUUGGACAGUUUGAAGAUGACAUUCUGAACAUUUGCCUCUCAAUCCUGGAUAAGAGUCUGAAUUUCCGCCGUGAUCCUGUUACUGACGUGGCCCGCAGAGGCGACCCCAAAUAUGUUGGCCGGGUGCUGAGUGCAAUGGUCAAUAGCAAUGAUGACAAUGGUGUGAUAGCUGGGAACUGGAGUGGCAACUACGUAGGUGGCCGGGAUCCCAGGAACUGGAACGGCAGUGUCGAGAUCCUCAAGGAGUGGAAGAAAUCUGGCUUCAGGCCAGUCCGAUAUGGCCAGUGCUGGGUCUUUGCUGGGACCCUCAACACAGUGCUGCGGUGUUUUGGGAUUCCUUCCCGCGUGAUCACGAACUUCAACUCAGCUCACGACACAGACAGAAACCUCAGCGUGGAUGUGUACUACGACCCCAUGGGAAAUCCCCUGGACAAAGGCAGUGAUAGUGUAUGGAAUUUCCACGUCUGGAAUGAAGCCUGGUUUGUGCGGAAUGACCUGGGCCCCUCGUACAAUGGAUGGCAAGUUCUGGACUCCACCCCCCAAGAGAGGAGCCAAGGGGUGUUCCAGUGCGGCCCCGCUUCAGUUACCGGCAUCCGAGAGGGUGAUGUACACCUGGACUUCGACAUGCCCUUCGUCUUUGCGGAGGUUAAUGCCGACCGCAUCACCUGGAUCUACGAUUCCAGCCGCAACACCUCGAAGCAGAAUUCCUCGGACACUAAUACCAUUGGCAGGUACAUCAGCACGAAGGCGGUAGGCAGCUACUCACGCAUGGACGUCACGGAGAAGUACAAGUACCCAGAAGGUUCCAGCCAGGAAAGAAAUAUAUUUGAAAAGGCGCUGGAGAAACUUAAACCCAACAGAACAUUUGGCCCAACGUCUGCAACCGAGGCCGAAAGAGAGGAACGGGAGCCCAGCAUUUCUGGAAGGUUCAAGGUUGCUGGCAUAUUGGCGGUGGGCAAAGAAGUCAACCUGGCCCUGAUGCUCAAAAAUCUGACAAGUGAUAUGAAGACAGUGACAGUGAACAUGACAGCCUGGACCAUUGUCUACAACGGCACACUUGUCCAUGAGGUGUGGAAGGACUCCAUCACAGUAUCUCUGGACCCUGAAGAAGAAAUACAGUAUCCUGUGAAGAUCACAUAUGCUCAGUAUGAGAAGUACCUCAAGGCGGACAACAUGAUCCGGACCACAGCCGUGUGCCAGGCGCCUGAUGAGGCUGAGGUGUUGGUGGAGAGGGACGUCAUCCUGGACAACCCGACCCUGACCUUGGAGUUGCUGGACCAGGCCCACAUGCGGAAGCCCGUGAAUGUGCAGAUGCUCUUCUCCAACCCGCUGGAUGAGCCGGUGAAGAACUGUGUGCUGAUGGUGGAGGGGAGCGGCCUGCUGCUGGGAAGCCUCAAGAUCGACGUGCCAACCCUGCGUCCCAAGGAGCGGUCCCGGGUCCGUUUUGAGAUCCGGCCCACCCGGAGUGGCACCAAGCAGCUUGUUGCUGACUUCUCCUGCAACAAGUUCCCUGCAAUCAAGGCCAUGCUGUCCGUCGAUGUGGCAGAGUGA